AAAAGGAAAUUCGUGAGUGUCCACUUGUCGGAUGUACUUUUCACACGAACAGUUCCAAAGAAAAUAGAGAACACUGGAAAACGCACAAGAAACCAUAUAUUUACGAAUGCAAAGAACCCAAUUGUAGAAAAAAGUACAAUUGUAGGUCAUCACUUACCUUUCACAAGGAAAAACAUCAACCUAAACCUCUAUGCGAAAAUUGCAACAGAUUCUUCAGCGACAAGUACAGCUUGA